GAAAAAAGAAAAAGAGGCUCAUAAGUCGGUUGAAACGGCAAAGCUCCAUCAGACGCAAUGUACGGAGUAUGAGAAAGUUCCAUUCAGCGACUGCAGCCCCUUUCGUUAGGCUUUUCUUCCAUGCAAGACCAAGAGUCAUAGUCUGGUGUUCGACCCAGGCGCGUCUUUGAUCGCCGCGUAACUACUAACGACAGCCAUUGUCGGUCUCGUAUCGCCGUAUGUCCGCCGCGGUGCUCGGAUGACAAACGACCCAAGGAUUCAACUUCCAGCCUCGUCGAUGGAUCUCAACGGACCACUGGACAAUUUGGGGAUCGCAUAUGAUGCUGAUGACGAUAAUAAACUACCAAUCUGCUCAGCCGCUCCACUUCAAUGCUCACUUCCUUCUGGAGUUCUGGAACACCAAAUGAGCCCACAUCGGACCGGUGGUGUAAAUUUAUUACACUGCGUGUGGUGGCCCAGAACCAGCCCCAAAAUACUGGGGAAAUGCGAACUCGACCUUCUGAUUUGUUGCACGCCAAUGGUUCCCGACUACUCUCAACUACACCAUGACGAGAGAAUCGGUUGCGAUCGUGGGUACUAAUUGCCAGAACAGCCAAGAAUCCAUUGACGCACAUCGGAUCAUCUGUCCAGAUCGUUAGUUACGGGAUUAAGAAACUAACUGAUUCGAAAGGAAAAAAAAAAGUUAGAGAAAGAACCUAAAAGAACGAAUGUAAAAAACACAAAAAGAAAAAAGGGAAAAAUCAAUAGAAACUGAAAUCACACUGUCGCCAUACCCCCUAGUGCUACUCCAAACGUUUGGCUCCAAACAGACGUUAUCAGUCUAUCAAUGUUACGGAGGCCUCUGUAUCUUAGGGUUUCUCUUUGCUUAUUUCCAGUUUGGGUUGUUGGUCAGACCAUCAUUGGGUUACGGUUCACUCUUCACCCGAUUACGAGGAGCAUCGUUCCUCAAGGAUAGAACAUAAUAACAAUAAUGUUCA